AUGACGUCCUUCAGCCCACCCGGAGAAGAGCAUACUGAAUUCAUGCAAUGGUCCAUUGCACAAGGGGUCGAGAUCAACGGCGUCGCUCCAGCCCGGUUUCCCGGACGGGGGUUGGGGAUGGUAGCAACCAGAGACAUCCAAGCAAACGAGGUGAUGGUAUCUGUGCCCAUAUCAGUCAUGCUGAGCGUCGACGGCAUCCCACCCUCAUUCACAAACCUGUUUGUUGACGGAAUACCAAUCCACGGCCUCCUCGCCGCCUUUCUCACACACGGAAAGCCAGAAAUCCUCAAAAAAUACAGUCUGUGGAAGGCAACAUGGCCAACGCGUCAAGAUUUUGAAGAGAGCAUGCCCAUUCUCUGGCCCGAGAAACUACGCGAAUCAAACUCUGCUCAUGCCAUCAUUCCCCAGGCUGUCGACUCGUCGUCCAUAACAUUACCACCAUCGGCAUCUGGCCUAUGGAACACAUUUCGCAAAAGGCCCCUUGUUCAGGAAUACGCAACAAAGCAUCAGAACCAGCUUGCGCAGCAGGAGAAGCGGCUACAGGCUGCGUGGAAGGGCGUCACGGCCGUGUUUCCCGAUACAGACUGGGAUGCCUUUCUGUAUUACUGGCUGAUUGUGAAUACACGGAGUUUUUAUUAUGUGAAGCCUGGCGAAGAGCCCCCGGAAGAUGCUAAUGAAGCUAUGGUGCUGGUGCCGUUUGCGGAUUAUUUCAAUCACAAGGAUGAUGCACAAUGCCAUGUGGAGUUUGAUGGACAAAACUAUAUUUUUCAGGCCACCAAAAGCUAUGAAAAAGGAGAGGAAAUCUACAUGAGCUAUGGCACACAUCCAAAUGAUCUUCUCCUGAUUGAAUAUGGCUUCUGCCUCCAAGAAAACGAGUCCGAUACAGUGUAUUUGGACGACAUCAUAUUUAAAGAUCUCACCACGGCGGAGAAAGAAGAGUUGAUAUUUCAACAAUAUUAUGGGAACUACCAAAUCACAACCGAAUCCGGACCCUGUUUCCGCACCGAGGUUGCUGCGAGCAUGAAAUGCAUGUCUCGGCGCGACUGGCGCAAUUACAUCCAAGGCCGUGGUGCUGUGACUCCAAACUCGGAAAAAGUGAACAGUAUUAUCAGAUAUUGGCUCGAAGCCUAUCUCAAGGAAGCCAACGUCACAAUCGACAACCUGGAAACCAUGCUCAAAGCAGAAACGGUCGACUCGACGGCAUCAAAGAUCAAGGUCUUGAUAGAUAGAUGGAACCAGAUAAAACACCUGUGCAACGAAACGGUUUCGAAGCUGGACUGA